AUGUCCCCUGAUAGAAAAAAUACUGCCAGUGCUGGAUUAGAUGCAAAGGUCUAUGUAUGGAGUGUGGAAGCAGUGCUCAAACAGCAGGGUGGCACGAAUGAUGCUAAUGCAAAGCCUGACCUGGGGCUCAAGGGACAUUCAGCUCAACCAAAACAAACCAAUACUAGAGGUUUAGCGAGAUAUGGCAACAAUUUCUUUGGCAAUGAUGCAAACCAUGUGCCUCAUUAUGCUCCAUCUGAGAGCUCAUUUUCUCUCAUUCGUUGGCGUCAUGUGCUCGGCUCCAUUCAUUUCACUACUCAGCCUGCAAAAUACACUUCAACCAGUAUCACACCAGCCCCGAUAAUGGAACUGACGUGA